UUCUUUCCUACACUCCGCACCAAGGAAUUUCCUUUCUCUUUCUCUAACUAGUCCACCUAGAUUUCCCUCUCUAUAUAUACCAAGAAGCAUUCUUGGGAAUUCAAAAUCAUUCGCACUUUCGAAAUCUAACAUUAGAAUGGCUUCAAAUAUUGCAGUAGUUGACAGCUUGUCCGACGCUCUGAGACAGAGCCGUUACUACAUGAAGAGAUGCUUUUCUGGGUUUGUAGGAAUGGGGAGAAGGUUGAUGAAACCCCACCAAAUAAUGGAAGUAAUAGACAAAGCAAUCGAGGACAAGCGUGAAAGAGCCAGAGUUUUGGAGGGUUUACUCGGCCAAGUCUUCAGUUCUACCCAGGAGGUGGCUAUAAAUCCACCUUACGUAGCUUUGGCAGUCAGACAGAGCCCUGGUUUUUGGGAAUUUUUUAAGGUGAACGCCAAUAGUCUAGAAGUGGAUUCGAUAACAGCCAAAGACUACUUGAAGCUCAAAGAAAUAGUGUACGAUGAAAAUUGGGCAAUGGAUAAAAAUGCACUGGAAAUAGAUUUUGGAGCAUGUGACUUCUCUACUCCUCGCCUAACCCUUUCUUCUUCUAUUGGAAAUGGAGUUGACUUCAUGUCAAAGUUCAUGACCUCAAGGAUUAGUGGUGAUCUUGAACGUGCAAAGCCUUUGCUUGAGUACUUACUUGCCCUAGAUCAUCACGGAGAGAAUCUUAUGAUCAAUGAGAAUAUCAACACAGUUUCCAAGCUUCAGGCAGGCUUGAUCGUGGCUGAUGUUUACGUUUCUGCCCUCCCAAAAAACACUCCUUACCAAAAUUUUGAGCAGAAGCUUAAAGAGUGGGGGUUCGAGAAAGGGUGGGGAGAAAACGCAGACAGAGUUAAAGAGACAAUGAAGAUCCUUUCAGAGAUACUACAAGCACCGGACCCAAUUAAAAUGGAAUCGUUCUUCAGAAGGCUUCCAAAUAUAUUCAAAAUCGUGAUCUUCUCAGUCCAUGGCUACUUUGGCCAGUCUGAUGUCCUUGGCUUGCCUGAUACUGGUGGCCAGGUUGUUUACAUUCUAGACCAGGUGAAAGCUUUAGAGGAGGAAUUGCUGCUGAGAAUUAAGCAGCAAGGACUGAGUGUGAAGCCUCAGAUUCUUGUGGUGACUCGUCUCAUACCAGAUGCAAAAGGGACUAAGUGCAGCGAGGAGAUUGAGCCUGUCCUCAACACGACACACUCCCACAUCCUUAGAGUCCCAUUCAAGACAGACAAAGGGGUUCUGCACCAAUGGGUAUCCCGGUUUGAUGACUACCCUUACCUUGAGAGAUUUACCCAGGAUGCUACUUCUAAGGUCCUCAAGCACUUGGAAUGCAAACCAGACCUUAUACUUGGGAACUACACUGAUGGAAACUUGGUGGCAUCUCUAAUGGCUAGCAAACUUGGAGUCACUCUGGGAACCAUUGCUCAUGCUUUGGAGAAGACUAAGUAUGAAGAUUCUGAUGUCAAAUGGAAAGAGUUGGAUCCAAAGUACCACUUCUCGUGCCAAUUCACAGCAGACUUGAUUGCAAUGAAUUCAGCCGAUUUCAUCAUUACCAGCACAUAUCAAGAAAUUGCAGGAAGCAAGAAGAGGGCUGGACAAUAUGAAAGCCACCAGGCAUUUACAAUGCCAGGCCUUUGCAGAGUAGUUUCAGGCAUCAACGUCUUUGAUCCAAAGUUCAACAUUGCUGCCCCAGGGGCUGAACAAGCAGUCUACUUUCCCUUCACAGAGAAAAACAAGCGAUUCACAUCAUUUCAUCCUGCCAUUGAAGAACUACUCUAUGCUAACAAGGAUAACCACGAACACAUAGGAUUUCUGGCAGACAAGAAGAAACCAAUCAUCUUUUCGAUGGCAAGGCUUGACACGGUGAAGAACAUUACUGGAUUGGUUGAGUGGUAUGGGAAGAACAAAAGGCUUAGGAACUUGGCGAAUCUUGUCGUUGUUGCAGGGUUUUUUGAUCCAUCAAAAUCGAAAGAUAGGGAAGAAAUUGCAGAAAUAAAUAAAAUGCAUACUUUGAUUGAAAAAUACCAACUCAAGGGUCAGAUCAGAUGGAUAGCAGCUCAGACUGAUAGGUACCGCAAUGGAGAGCUGUAUCGGUGUAUUGCUGAUACAAAGGGGGCUUUUGUGCAGCCUGCAUUUUAUGAGGCUUUUGGUCUGACAGUUAUUGAAGCUAUGAACUGUGGAUUACCAACUUUUGCGACCAAUCAAGGAGGACCGGCAGAGAUUAUUGUUGAUGGGGUCUCGGGUUUCCAUGUCGAUCCUAACAACGAUGAUGAAUCGAGCAACAAGAUUGCUGAUUUCUUUGAGAAGUGUAAGGUGGAUGCUGAGUAUUGGAACAAGGUGUCUCAAGAGGGUCUCAAGCGCAUAUAUGAAUGCUACUCGUGGAAGAUCUAUGCAAAUAAGGUCUUGAACAUGGGAUCUUUAUACGGGUUUUGGAGGCAAUUGAAUAAAGAACAGAAACAAGCUAAGCAAAGAUAUAUUCAACUGUUUUACAAUCUCCUAUUCAGGAAUCGAGCGAAGAGCAUAGCCAUCCCAAGUGCUGAAGCCCAAAAAACAGCACCAACUCCAACGACCAAACCCCAAGAAACAGCGAUGCCAAAACCAAAAGAAACAGAAAUACUAAAAGCACAAGAAACAGCAAAAACAGCAAUUACUAAACCACCAGAACCUACGGCCAGGGAAACUGAGGAGCAGCAGCUUGCCUCCCCAAAAACUGAUCGCGCAGGUUGCCCACGCUGUUCAUGGGCCAUCUUUUGCAUCUCUGUCUUUAUCAUUCUUUACACUUAUAUAAAGUAUUAUGGGUUAUUCAAAGGACCAUGGUCAAAUGAGUGAUUCUUCAGGAAGAAAAGUUAAUAGAAACCUCAAAUGUGUAAGCUCAAUUCAUCAACAAAAUUUCCUUGCAGUCUUUA